GUACUCAUACGCAAUCUCUUUAUUGAAAAAUUUAGCUUCAAGAAAAAUACAGACAAUUUUAUUUUGGGAAAGAAGAAUUUAUUUUUUAAGGUGUUGAAGUUAGUGGAGAAGGGAAAAAAAAAAUGCAAGCUUUCAAAGAAGCAGCUGUUAUUAAUAAUAAUAAUAAUAGUAAUAGUAAUAGUAACUCUAGUAUGUAUUGCCACUCAAGUUAUUACCUCAGAGGUGAUGAAGAUAGUAGACUUGCAGCACGCUUUGCUGAUAUUGGAGAACUUGAACAGUCUACAGGAUUCACUCAAGAUGAUGCUGUUGAUUUAAGUAGAAGUACUGUAUAUGGUGAAAUGAGGCCAAACAAUGUUGGUAUUGUUUCUUGUAACAACAAUAACUUACACUUUGGUGAACUUAAUACGAGUAUUGGUUCAUCUGAGACAGGGGUGGAGACAGGGAGGUUUAUGUUGCAGAAGGCACAAACAGGAAUGGUGGGUGGUGGAGGAGGGGGUGGGGGUGUUGUAGGUGGUGGUGUGGCAUUGGGAAAUGUGCAGCAUUUUGAGAAUUGGGGUGAUUCUGGUAUUGCAGACCAUAGCCAGCAGACUGACACUUCAACAGAUGUUGAUACUGAUGAAAGAAACCAUCAGGGCCAAGGUGUUCAGCAUGGUGCAUUAAUAGCUGUGGACUCCAUGGACCUGUCCAAAGUAAAGCUUGGAGACCAGAAGACACUUCGCAGGCUGGCUCAGAAUCGAGAAGCUGCUAGGAAAAGCCGAUUAAGGAAAAAAGCAUAUGUUCAACAGCUGGAGAAUAGUAGGCUCAAACUGUCACAGUUAGAGCAAGAGUUAAAACGAGCCCGCCAACAGGGCAUAUUUAUUGCUAAUGGAUAUGCAGGAGAUCAGAGUCUUUCUGCUGGUGGAAAUGGGGCAUUGGCAUUUGACAUGGAUUAUGCACGUUGGCUAGAUGAACAUCAACGACUUAUCAGUGAUCUCCGAUCAGCUGUAAAUUCUCACAGGGGCGAUAAUGAACUGCGUCAUCUCGUUGAUGGAGUAAUGUCACAUUAUGACGAAAAAUUCAAGCUAAAGAGUGUAGGUUUAAAAGCAGAUGUUUUUCAUAUGCUGUCAGGCAUGUGGAAGACUCCUGUAGAGAGGUGUUUCAUGUGGUUAGGUGGAUUUCGUUCUUCUGAGCUUCUCAAGAUUCUUGGCAACCAUCUUGAACCGUUUACAGAGCAGCAGCUCAUAGGCAUAUGUAACUUGCAACAGUCUUCUCAGCAAGCCGAGGACGCGCUAUCACAAGGUAUGGAAGCCCUGCAACAAUUACUCAUUGAUACACUUUCGUCUACGUCUCUCGGCCCUAGUGGCUCGGGAAAUGUAGCCGACUAUAUGGGGCAAAUGGCGAUUGCAAUGAACCAGCUUGCCACUCUUGAGAACUUCCUUUAUCAGGCUGAUCUUCUGCGACAACGUACUUUGCAACAAUUGCAUCGAAUCUUGACUACUCGUCAAGCUGCUCGAGCCCUCCUUGUCAUAAGUGAUUACAUGUCAAGGCUUCGAGCACUCAGCUCGUUGUGGUUAGCACGCCCCAAAGACCAACUCUAGUACGUCGUAUUCAUCUCUACAAGGUUCCUCCUUUUCGUAGUCAUUUUCCUACACCUUUGAAAUUGUGAAGAUAAGUCAUUAUAUAGUAAGUUCACAACUUUCAAAAGUCUUUCACUCGAAAUCACACUAUGACAGCAUAUAGUGUGAUCUGUAUACUAUUAUCUUAGCUUUAGCUAUUUUCUUGUACUAGGUAUGUCAGUUACCUAUUUGAAGAUAGUCCUUAGUAAAACGUUGGUCGUUGUAUGUACAACUCUGUUGGUUGCAAUUGUUGUUUGUUAAUGAAAAAAACUUCAUAUA